GUAACUGUUCAUGAUAAUGAAACCCACAAGUGUAUCUUGUGAGAAGCAAAAACUCCUGUGUGAGAAGCAGAACUCCUCUUUAGCAAAUAGACCAGGCUGGUAAGCUGAUACACCCGUGGAUUGUCGCAUUGAGGGAGCCAGUUUUUCUGCCUGUAUCAAAAUACUGGAGAGCUUUGGGAUAUUCAGAGUUGGAAGCCGCGUGUGAAGUUUCUCAUGGAGAAAUAUGAGGCACGUAACAGAGACACGGAGGAUACUUCAAACAGCCGACCCAUGAAAAUCCCAAGACAAGAAAUCCCAAUAGGAUUACAGACAAGGAAAGCAGCAUUUGAGAAAUUAUCAAAAAAAGCAAAUGAUGAGUGUUCUUCAGGACCCAGUACCCUUCACAAACCUGUGCAGCCUAAGCCUCAACUGGCAGUCAAGCCUUCAAGUGAUGAUAAAACAGAGAAAGAUCGAAACCCACCAUAUUUGGGCCCUGUGGCACAAAGGUUUGGUGUUCAGCUUCAGCCCACUAACAGAGGAAAUGAUGAAAAAACUGGGUGCACUAAAUUGUCUAUCAAAACCAGUGAUCCGUCAAAAGAGGACCCAAAGCCUUUGAAUCCAAAACCUGCAUGGAACAAAUUCCUUGCUCCUCCAGAUAAAGAAAAAUGUCCUCUGGGACCAAAACCUAAUUUAAAUUUUGCAUCACAGGAGAAUGAGGCAAAACCAGAAUUUUUAAAAGUAUCUGCAGUUAAGGAAAAAUUAAAGUCUGCAACACAAGCAAAUGAGCCCAAGCCUCCUGCUUCUAAACCACCUCUUGCACAGAAACCUUCUCUAAGCAAUGAGGUAUCUCAAAAUGAAGACACUUCUAAUAAACGUGGUUUUCUGCAAAGACAGUCAGGACCUAAAACAAAUACACAUGCACACCAAGAAGCAAAGGAAAUCGGUGAAAACAGUAAGUCUGCUGCAGAAACUACGGGCAGCAAUUUUCCAAAAAUAGUCCUGAAGCCUGCUGGCCACAGGUCCAGUUUAUCAAAAGGAGCCUCCAGAGCUGUGGUGGAAAACAUUGAAGAAAAGGGAGUAAGUGCUGCCAAUAACAUCUUCCUCAAUACAAUCAUCCAGGAAGAAUCAAGGCCUUCUCAUACAUUCCGUAAGAAGAAUACAGCACUUGCUGCAGGAAGGCCAUCAGGUGAACCUCAAGAGGAAGGGGACAGGAAUUCUAGAAUGCCCAAGCGGAAAAUCUUGCCCCCAGUGUCCAAACUGGGCCAGCCCCCCAAAAAGCCCAGCAGACCUCCCAGUGUGCACCUGGGAAAAUUCCAGCAGAGCCACCAAGAAAAGAAUCUUACAAAAGAAGGUUUGAAGCAGAAAGCAGCUUCCUCAACAGCACUUACCCCACCGAUAUCUACAUCUCAUUCUGCUGUGCAGUUGCCACCUCCUCCACCAGCCUCUCACCCAUCCCUGCAGGUGCCAGCAGCUCCCAGUCUGCCUCCCAGAAACAUCAAGCCCAGCUCUGAAACAAUAAACCUAGAAAAUGAAGAAAAUUAUGAUGACGUUGAAUUUGUUUCACAGGGUCAUGGAAAUACACAGAGGGGCCAAGAAAGUGAUGGAGAGAUGUAUGAAGACAUUAAUGACAUCAGAUCAUCAAGGGCAAAAGACAAGAAGCAGGACAAAGAAGAUAAAAGAAGAAUGGACCAAGAGAAGAAAGAACAAAAGGAGAAAGAAAAGAAAGAGUAUGAACUGAAGAAAAAGUUCAAAUUAACAGGACCCAUUGAAGUCCUUCAUCAGGCACGAGCUUGCAUUGACCACAAAGGAGGGAGGAAUGAACUGACUGUCAAACAGGGGGAUAAGAUUGAAAUCAUUCGCCUUACAGACAACCCAGAAGGAAAGUGGCUGGGCAGGAUAAAAGGAUGCUAUGGAUACGUUAAAACAACCAUGGUGGAGAUUGAUUAUGAUUCUUUAAAAAGAAAGCAAAAACCAUCUACUAGAGCUGCAAUGAAACAUACAGAGAGUGACCAAGAAAUGUAUGAUGAUGUUGGAGAGCAGAACACUACUAGCAGUCAAAGUGGUGACCAAGGUGGAGCUGGAAACGUGUUCCCACCUCCUCCUUCUGAUCAAGACAUUUAUGAUGGAAUCGAUGAUGAAGAUGCUACAGCUAGGUCUGUAUCGCAGGAUGAAGAUAAGAAUGGUAUCUGGCCCUGGGGAAUCUUGAAGAGGCUAAAGGUCAAAGAUGGCAAAAAGAAAAGUGUACGAGAAAAAACAGCCAAAGUCAAUGAGGCAGAAGAAAAUGAAAAUUUGUUCACGUCUUCUUCAGCAAAGCAGUCUGGAAAAGAUUAUGGAGACAAUGUUUAUGAUGAUGUAGAUUCUUCAGAUUUCCCUCCUCCACCAUCUGAUCCCAGUUCAUCAAAAUCAGGAAGCUUUGGAAAACUUAAGUCAGAAGAAAAAGAUGCACAAAAACUCAAGAUGGAAAAAGAGGAGAAAGAGUUCAGAAAAAAGUUUAAGUUUGAUGGUGAAAUAAAAGUUCUUUACUCUACAACCACAGUCCAGGAUGUGUCUCAGAAAAGAUGGGGAUAUAAAGACUUACAAAUCAAACCGGGGGAAUCUCUUGACAUUAUUGAAAGCACAGAUGAUACCAAGGUCCUCUGCAGGAACAAAGAAGGAAAAUAUGGCUAUGUUCUGAGAAGCAAUUUGGUUCAGAAUGAUGGAGAGAUUUAUGACGAUAUUGGUGACGAUUGCAUCUAUGAUAAUGAAAGUGAUGCUGAAUUAUAUUGAAAUUACAGCUUCAUUGAAGAUCGAACUCUAGUUUGGAAUCCCACUUCUGGAAGCAAGAAGAGUCAUGAAUACUGACUGCAAGUUGAUUGGUUGCUCUUUUAAAUGUACAAUUAAUCUUUUCUUGGGAUUUCAGCCUUUUGUUCUCCAAUGCUUUGUACAAAUUUUUAUUCCCAUUUAUCUAAGCAUCUAAAAUUCAGGGAAUAUGAGCUAAAGUUAGGGUUGUAAUUUGUCACUUCCUUUCCACAUUUUUGACAGUCCAUGUAGAAACACUUUUUUCACUAUCUAUUCCCAAAGAGGGCAGUUCACAUCUGUGAAAGGUCCCGAGGACAACAAUCCCUGGUUUUACUUUGGCUUUCAUCUAUUAAACACCAAAGACAGCCACUCUGGGUAGGACAGUAUUCUG